UGUCGAAUCCCGCGCCGAAUUGCGGAAGUUGUUAACCUAUUCAAUUAUCCACCAUCAACAUUGAACUCACCAACCCUCCGCGCAGGACACGGGCGGUGCCACGACAACAGUUGAGUGGGUGAUGUGAUACUUGCGGGAUGCUUCUUCCUCUCCCGAGACUACUCUUGACAGUUCUCGCACUAGCGACCUGUACUUCCUUUGUCAACUUUGCGACGUUUUCCUGCGAGAUGAAGAGCACAGUCAGGAAUGCAUAUCCGCCUCGCGACAUCUCCACCACACACGGAAAUAUACGAAUGGAAUGGUUUCAAUGUCGGGAUCCAUGGUUCUUUUGUUCAUGCCCAACACAUGAGAUAUCCUUUCUACCUCCCGGCACAGUUACCUUCUUUACCAUAUGCCUCGAUGCACCGGAUCGAAUGAGGAUGCUUCAAUGAAUUACAUGGAAUAGCCAAAAGGGGCUGCAACUACAACUGUGCACAAAAAGCCCUUCUGAGUCU